CUUCUUCCCUCACAAAACCACAACUUGUCCUGAAUACCAAAUGUUAGUGUGAAGAGGCCCCCCCAGCAAGACAAUGGAGGCGUCCGCCAAUGGGUCCAGUUUUGGCAUCGACUCGCUGCUGUCCCACAGGCCGGGAAGUCCGGUGUCCAAAGGGGACAGCCUGGCGGGGGAGUGCCGCUCUCCGCUGGAGUUCAGCCCGAGGUCCGACGUGGAGAGCGGCUGCUCGUCGCCUCCGUCGCCGAGGAGGGAGUGCGUGGACGAGGUGGCCCAGAGGCAAGGUCACGGCGGCCUGGGCCUGCCGCCGCACCUGCAGCACGCGCAGAUCUCUGCGGGUGCGCAGCAGAGGACCGUGACCUCCUCGUUCCUCAUCAGGGACAUCCUGGCGGACUGUAAGCCGCUGGCCGCCUGCGCGCCCUACUCCAGCAACGGACAGCCGACCCAGGAGGCCGGCCGGCUGGCCUCCAAGAUCGCGGAUGACUUUAUGGAGAAAAUCCACAGCAAUUCCUCAUCGGACAGUGAAUAUAAAGUGAAAGAGGAAGGGGACCGGGAGAUCUCCAGCAGCAGGGACAGCCCUCAGGUCCGGCUGAAGAAGCCCCGGAAGGCCCGGACGGCCUUCACGGACCACCAGCUGGCGCAGCUGGAGCGCAGCUUCGAGCGCCAGAAGUACCUGAGCGUGCAGGACCGCAUGGAGCUGGCGGCCUCCCUCAACCUCACCGACACGCAGGUCAAGACCUGGUACCAGAACCGGAGGACAAAGUGGAAGCGGCAGACCGCGGUGGGACUGGAGCUGCUGGCGGAGGCCGGGAACUACUCGGCCCUGCAGAGGAUGUUCCCGUCCCCGUACUUCUACCCGCAGAGCCUGGUGUCCAACCUGGACCCGGGCGCGGCCCUCUACCUGUACCGGGGCCCCUCGGCGCCGCCGCCGGCGCUGCAGAGACCGCUGGUGCCGCGGAUCCUGCUGCACGGCCUGCAGGGGGGCAGCGAGCCGCCGCCCCCGCCGCCUCUGCCCCCCAUGUCCGGCGUGCUGCCCCGGCCGGCCCAGCAGCGGUGAGCCGCCGCCCCUCUUCCCCCGAUCCCGCAGCGCGCACGGG